CAUCCUUCUCCAUCAGACACCGAGGCACAAGAGCAAAAACAAGUUGGAAAAAAAUCCCAUCGAAAUGAGUUCGAUUCCGAGCGAGAAGAAGCCUCCUCACGCUGUGUGCGUGCCCUUCCCGGCGCAAGGCCACAUCACCCCCAUGCUCAAGCUCGCCAAGCUCCUCCACUCGCACGGCUUCCACAUUUCUUUCGUCAACACCCACUACAACCACCGCCGCCUCCUCCGCUCCGGCGCCGUCUCCUCCCACGCCCUCCCCACCUUCCGCUUCCUCUCCAUCCCCGACGGCCUCCCGCCCUCCGGCGACGACGCCACGCAGUCCAUCCCCGCGCUCUGCAGCUCGCUCCCCCGCGCCGCCGCGGAGCCCUUCCGUGACCUCCUCAAGGCGCUGCCGGCGACCUGCGUCGUGUCCGACGGCGCGCUGACCUUCACGCUCGAAGCUGCCGAGGAGGUCGGCGUGCCGGCGGUGCUGUUUUGGACCACCAGCGCCUGCGGGUUCAUGGGGUACCUCCAUUACGAGCAGCUGCGCGAGCGAGGCCUCACGCCGUUUAAGGAUGAAAAGGAUCUCACAAAUGGGUACCUGGAUACCCCUGUCGAUUGGAUUCCGGGCAUGACGAAGACGAUGCGACUCAGGGACUUCCCCACCUUCAUCCGCACCACCGACCCCAACGACGUCAUGCUCAACUACUGCAUCCGAGAGGCCCGGCGCGCCGCCCUCUCCGCCGCCGUCGUCCUCAACACCUUCGACGACCUCGAGCGCCCCGUCCUCGACGGCAUAGCAACCGUCCUCCCACGGCCAGUCUACACCAUCGGCCCCCUCCUCUCCUCCCCCGGCGGCGGGGCUCUCUCCUCCCUCCGCUCCAACCUGUGGAAGGAGGAUCCCGGCUGCCUGGAGUGGCUCCGCGGCAAGCGCCCCAGCUCCGUCGUGUACGUCAACUUCGGCAGCAUCACGGUGAUGACAAGGGAACAGCUGGUGGAGUUCGCGUGGGGGCUGGCCGACUGCGGGUACGAGUUCCUGUGGGUGGUACGGCCGGACUUGGUGACGGGGAACUCGGCGGUGCUUCCACCGGAGUUCGUAAAAGAGACCGAGAACAGAGGGCUGCUGGCGAGCUGGUGCCCGCAGGAGGCAGUACUGGGACACGAGGCCAUCGGGGGGUUCCUAACACACAGCGGGUGGAAUUCCACGAUAGAGAGUAUCACCGCCGGCGUGGCGAUGCUGUCGUGGCCGUUCUUCGCGGAGCAGCAAACCAACUGCCGGUACGCAUGCGAAGAGUGGGGGAACGCCAUGGAGAUCGACAACGACGUAAAAAGGACGGAGGUGGCGGACUUGAUAAGGACGUUGAUGGGAGGAGAGAAAGGAAGAGAUAUGAAGAGAAUGGCGGCAGAGUGGAAGGAGAAGGCGGCGAGGGCCACAGGACCCGGUGGAUCGUCGGAGGUGAACCUCCAAAGGCUUAUUGAAGAGGUGCUACUUUAAUCAAAUAUAUUGCAAAAUAUACAUUGUUAUUGGGGAUAUCAAGUAUCAUUUUACAAAUUAUAUAUGGUUUUAUCCUUUAUAUAAAAAAUGGGAUGUAUAUUUUAUCUUUA